AAGAAGACGCCUUGAUUUUUUCGUUCGUCUGAGAUCUUGGCUAGGUAAUAAUCAUCUCGGAACUGAAUCUUAGAGCGUUUAAAUCGUUCAAUCGCUUUCUUAUGAUGGAAGAUUUGGGGAAGGAAUCAGAAGAUCAGGCUGGUGUGAAUGAGAUGCAAGAAAUAAAUUCUCUAAAAUGGUUGACAAAGAAGGUUUUCGAACAGACUUCUCGAAAACUGAAGAAAAAGCCAUCUCAAACGCGUUUGCACCUGGAUUUGGAACAGGUUGUGUCUUCUUUGAAAAGUCAAUCUGCUAAAGAUACCGUCUUGAGGCAGGAUUCUUCAGCAGGUACACCCAAAAUCAAAAUGACACGUAAGAGAACUCCAACCAAAUUGACAAAUAAUGAAGUUAAAGAAUUUUACAACUUCAUCUUAAACAAGAGAGAUGGAAGAAGAAAACUGAAACCAAAACUGAAAAACCAAGAUGGAGGAAUGGAUGGUGUAACAGAUCAGAGCUCAGAAGCUUCUAGUACAACAGCAGCUAGCUCGGCAGAGUGUGCAUCAACAGAUCUCCCUGUUGCUGGAUUAACAGCAGGUCCUCAGUUGCCAGCACCUGUAAUGAUUACUGUUGAUGCCCAAGGCAAUCCAAUUCAGUUACCUUUGAUGACACCACAGCUUCUGCCAUUAACCGGUGGCACACAGCCUGCUCUUGUGUUUUUCUUGGGGCCAUCUGGCAUGGUUCCUUCAGGAGAUUCUCCACUUGUUUCUAAUGCUAGUUCUAAUGCACCACUUGGAAAUGCAGUGUACUUCACUCAGCCAGUUACUCUGAAUGUCAUUCCUCAAGAUGCAUCCUUAAAUGGAGGAGUUAUAGAGAAAGCUUUGGAACUUGCACAGUUUCAAUCAAAUCCUGAACAAAGUGAUCCUCAGCUGCCAUCACAGAACAUAACAACAGAGUUGAUGAUCUCAGAGGGAAAUAGCUCUAUUCCCUCCAAUAUAACUAGUUCCAAUUUGCAAGGAUCGUUUCCCAUUGAUCACUCAUUUGGCUCUAUGCCAAAUAUUUCUCAGAAUGUAGUCAUAACACAGUCAGUUGCUGCUGGAGAAAGUGUACCCAUUGAGAAUGUAUCAGAGUCUGUUACUGUGAAAACUUCGCAGAUCAUGCAAAAUCAGGGUUUGUUUGAUUUGCGGCCUAUUUUGGACGAAACACGAGCACAAUUGGCAGAUUCAGCAGAUACCAGUACAGAGACUGCACCAGAAAACUUUGCAGAUGAUGUACCUAAACUUGUUUAUAGGAAAAAAGUCUUACAAAUUCGUGAAGUAAUGACUCAGACAGGUGGUGAAUCAGAGGUGUACAUUGUCAGUGAAAGAAAACUGGAUUGUGAGGAAGAUACACCUGUUGAUGGGCCACUAGAAAAUGAAAAUACAGACAGUAACUCAAAGAAACCAGCAAGAGUAAAGCAAUUUGGGUGUGACAAAUGUGAGAAGAAAUUUUACACAAACAAUCUCCUAAGACGCCACCAAACCAGUCACCAAGAGGCAAGACCUUUUAGCUGUGAGGAAUGUCAGAAAGGAUUUAGAACUUCUAAUGAGCUCACUAUCCACAAGGCCAUUCAUGUGGAAGUCAAGCAAUACAAAUGCGAAUUCUGUGGAAAAGAGUUUAGGACUAAAGGAUGUAUUAAGUCACACAUCAAGUAUCACAUUGGAGACAAAAGGCACAAGUGCACAGAUUGUGGCAGAGCAUUUGUCAAAAGUGCAGAUCUCAAACGACAUAUGGCAGGACACAGAAAUGAGAAGAAGUUUGUGUGUGAAGAUUGUGGUUCAGCCUUUACGCGUCGAGAUAACUUGAAAGCACAUAGACUCCUGCAUACCAGGGAGUCUGUGGUUACAUGUGACUUGUGUUCCAAGGAGUUCAUCAAUGCAGUUUACUUGAAGAGACAUAUGCACAUACACAAGCAGGCUAAGAAGAAACCCUACGAGUGUCAGUGGUGCCCAAAGACAUAUGAACAGCUGGAGGGAUUGAGACGACACAUUCGCCAACAUGUUGGGGAUGAAAAAUUUGUUUGUAAAGAUUGUGGAAAAAAGUUUAUAACCAGCAUCCAACUCAAACGACAUCUUUGGCUAUCACAUGAUCAAGACAGUCCUUACAGAAGAUCUAUUUUGUAGAGACCUAGGAUAUGAACCUUGUGAAAUGAUACUUAGUGAUUUUUUGAAUUUACAUGUACCACCUGCACAUAAAGAUACACCAUUGAACAAAAAGAACAAUUACUUUGAUAAUAGUGAUAAAUUGCUGUUUUGCACCAAAUUUAAAACCCUUUGCAGAGGUUAUCAUAAAGUGUUACAAGUUUGUUUUCCUUACUCAGUACAUAGUACUAAAAAUGGACCACCAAUAUUUAAUCCUUUGGAGGGUGCCAUUACCUCAGUACAUUUACAUCCUAUGGCAUAACGCUUUCUUAGACAGGCAAGAGUAGUUCACCAAUUACUAGUUUCUGAAAGAUUUUGAUACUAAACAAACAAUAUACUCAAUAGUACAGUAUUUCUAUUUAGAUUAAAAUUAAAUGGGAACGAAUUCAAACAAGUUCAGUACUGUAAGUAACACUUCAAAGAAUAAAACUUGCAUAAUGCUU